AUGAAGAUCGUUGCACACAUCCUCCCACUGCUGCUGCCAGCAUUGCUGAUGCCGCAGCUAGCCGCCGGUGCUGUCAACGGCGCCGUCUUUGGCGAGCUGCCGUCAUGCGCCCUCAAAUGUCUCAUCUCGUCCCUGGGCGAGUCGUCCUGCCCCGUCACAAAUACGACCUGCAUGUGUCUUGACACGAAACUGCAAGACGACUCCACGACAUGUAUCUUGGCCAACUGCACGGUAUUGGAGGCACUGAGCGCCAAGAACAUUACGGCGGUUGGUUGUGACCAGCCCAUCCGCAGCAAGAAUGCCGUUUUCCGGACCACGUCGACCACGCUCGGCAUUAUUACGGGCGUCUUUCUGGUGGCUCGUUUCGCGUACCGCAUCUUUGUGGCGCGCAGCAUCGGCUGGGACGACUGGGUGGCGCUGAUUGCGACGGUGGUGGGCGUGCCGAGCAGCAUCAUCAACAUCCAGGGCCUGGCGGCCAACGGCCUCGGCCGCGACAUCUGGACGCUGCCGUCGGCGGAGAUUUACCGCUUCGUCGAGUUCUUUUACAUUAUCGAGGUGCUCUACUUUACCGACGUCACGCUCCUCAAACUCACCAUCCUGUUCUUCUACCUGCGUAUUUUCCCGACACAGGGCGUGCGGCGCGUCAUCUGGGGCAGCAUUGGGUUUGUUGUCCUCUACGGCCUGACGUUUAUUCUGGUGGGCAUCUUCCAGUGCCACCCCAUUUCGUACUACUGGACCAACUGGGACGGCCAGCACACCGGCCACUGCCUCAACAUCAACGCGAUCGGCUGGGCGAAUGCGGCCAUCAGCAUUGCGCUCGACUUUUGGAUGCUGGCGAUCCCGCUGUACCAGCUGCGCAAGCUGCGUCUGCACUGGAAGAAGAAGCUCAGCGUGUGCUUCAUGUUUACCGUCGGUACAUUUAUUCUCCGCCUGCAUUCGCUGCUCGAUUUCGCCAACUCGAGUAACCCGACAUGGGACAACUACGAGGUCAUCAAUUGGUCGACGAUUGAGAUCAACGUCGGCAUCAUCUGCGCCUGCUUGCCGACGACGCGCCUGAUACUCGUGCACUUUUUUCCCCGCGUCCUCGGCUCGUCCAGCCAGAGAUACUACAACAACUACUACAACAGCGGCGGGCCCAACGGCAACAGCCAGGGCGGCCCCAACAACAGCCGCGGCGGCGGCGGCGGCGUGUCGCGCGGUGGCGGCGCAAUGGGCAGCCGUGCCCGCAGCAUCCCGCUCGUGUCGACGACGUCCAGCCGGCACCACAAGGGCACCAACAACACGACCAUUACGACCAUCAAUGCACACGACGAGGAGGACGACAUUGGCAUGAUGCACGACGGGACGCGGUACGGCCGUGGUGGCAACGCGAGUGCCGCGGCGCGGGGGGCACGGGAUGGCGCCGGUGCCGUGGGCUCGCAUGCACACAGCGCGUCGCAUGGUGGGCCGGGGGGCCCGGCGGGCAGUGCCGGGGCCCAGGCGAGCAACGGAAUCAUGUACUCCAAGUCGUACGCCGUCGAGUACGGCUCGGAGUACAACGACGAGGCGCGGCUCGUGUACGAGCGAGGGCAGCAGGGCAACCACAGCAAAACGGAUCUCAAGUCCUCACGAGGAAGCGAGUCGUCUUUGUAA